CCCAAAGCUUCCUCCGUUCAUCCCAUCGGUGAAUCGCCUGCGCCUCCUUCCACCACGAGGUCACCUCAGGCCAGUGCAGCUAAGAAUCCCCCUCAACUAUUCCAGCGUCAGUUUUCCAGCCCGACUCCUUCUUCUACGAUACAACCGACACAUUAUGUCUGCAUCCACUGCGGCAAAGAAAACACCCUUAUCAUCAACAAGGAGCCUUUAGAGAGGAAGCAACACCCAACAGCGCCAUCUCGUGUCAACCCCCCAUCAACGCAUCCAGGAAGCAGCAAGAACAUAAUUACAAUUGACGCGCAAGGAGUUCCUCCUCCAGUGAACAUGGCUCUGCCAACUCCAGUGUUGAUCAAAGACUCCAUCCUUACGGACUGGGUUUUGAUCCGCUCCGGGGGGUUUGGAGAAAUCUACAAAGCCAAGCAUCUGCUGUGGAACUAUGAAGUGGCCAUUAAGCUGCUUUGUAACGAUGACGGGAGCAGUUCAUCUUUGCUGCGGGAGGUCGAAAUGAUGCGUCAGGGAAGCAGCGACUAUGUUUUGCCGGUCCUUGGCGUCUUCAAGGGUCGACCGCUGAACUCUGGAUCCUCAGAACAGCUGGGUCUGGUCAUGAAGUACAUGGAGAAAGGAUCUCUGGCCUCCCUACAGAAAACUUUAGACAAAGUUCCACCGUUACCGCUGGUCUUCAGGCUGGCUCACCAGGUGGCUCUGGGGAUAAACUUCCUCCACAGCCUCCCCACUCCCCUCCUCCACCGUGACCUGAAGCCCAGCAGCGUGCUGCUGGACUCGUAUCUCAAUGUCAAGCUCACAGAUUUUGGCCUUUCUAAGCCUAGUCAGACUCAGGCUCCGGCUUCCAAGAAGGAUAAAGGAGACGGGGGAGGGACAAUCAACUACAUGCCACCGGAGGCUUUUGACCUAAACUACAAACCUUCACGAACCUAUGAUAUCUACAGCUAUGGUAUCCUGCUGUGGUCCAUCGCCACAGGGGAACAUCCGUAUGCACACGCACGCCCCAGCAUCGUGGCAUCCCUGAUCCCCAAGGGACACCGACCAUCGCUGGAAGAGCUCAACAUCCGGGCUGCAGACCAGGGAGAGCUGAGGGGACUGGUGGAGCUCAUGAUAAAAUGCUGGAAAAACAGAUCCACCCAAAGACCCUCAUCCUUGGAAUGUACAAAGAUCACAGAGAAACUGUAUCAGAUGCACGAACAUGGAAUUAAUGAUGCUGUCCAUGAAGUGCUGAAGAAACUGGAGCAGAUGGAACAAGACAGACUGACGGAGGAGCUUCAGUGGCUUCGUGUCACUCCGGCCAAAGAUUAAUCAACCAUACAGGACACGUGUGAUGGUUGAUGGAAAUCUCACGUUCAAUCUAUUCCCAGAUGGAAUCUCCAGCUCUUUAGUGGAACAGAGGUUUUGCUACAGGCCACAUUCAUCUGCACUGAAAUACAGAAUGGGAUCAU